CCACAUACCUGCGAGAACCAGGAAAUAACAUUGUUUGCACCUAACGCCGCACUAAAUAUUUGUCCCGUCGAAGUCCUCGUCUUUCUCGCCCUCCCUCGCAUUCGGUUCGAGUGUUGGGGGAUUACUUUUGCUGAGGAGAUAUAAAAACGGGACGCAGGCCGCAGUUUCACCUGGGACCAGCCUGGCUCUGAGCAGAUUAGCACUGACCUCUGCAAGUCCGGCCGCAAGUUCUGCUGGUCCAGAGAAGCCCAGUACUUGUAUCUUCGCCGCCUCUCUUCGCGCAGCUAUUCGGCUAUCAUGAUGAAUCCAGUCAUGGAGGAGACCGUGUGGGAGCAGUACACUGUGACCCUGCAGAGGGAUUCAAAGAUGGGCUUUGGUAUCGCAGUGUCGGGGGGGAGGGACAACCCAAAUGAGGACAGUGGUGAGACGUCCAUCGUGGUGUCUGACGUCCUGCAGGGAGGGCCUGCAGAUGGAUUGCUGUUUGAGAAGGACAGAGUAGUGCAGGUGAACGCCAUUCCCAUGGAUGGAGCCAUCCACUCCUUCGCUGUCCAGACCCUCAGGAAGUGUGGCAAAGUAGCAAAAAUCACAGUCAAGAGGCCUAGGAAGGUUCCUGUCAACGUAAUGAACCGUCCUCCAUCACCUGACGACAGAGUCUUCAACAACGAUUACAACGACGAUUACAACUACGACCAGGACCGCCGCAGUGUGUACAGCGGCCGCAGCGGCGGACGGGAACACAGCCUGGAGAGGGAGCGGGGCGGUUACAUGGAUUCCGGCUACCAAACACGUGAGCGUGACUACGACAGGGACUACGACCGGGACUACGACCGGCGGGAACGCGGCAGGAGCAUGGAGAGAGACCUCAGCCCGGACCGCUCGUACAGGAGGGACGGCAGCAGGGGCCGCGCUUUGGAUAGAGAGCCCAGCCCCGAUCGCCGCUACAGGAGCGACCACAACAUAGACCGCGACUACAGCCCGGACCGGAGGUACCGCAGCGAGCGCACCUUAGACCGAGACCACAGCCCCGACCGCCGCUACCGCAGCGAGCGAGCCCUCGACCGAGACUACAGCCCGGAUAGGCGCUACCGCAGCGAGCGAACGCUGGACCGCGCCAACAGCCCCGACGUGCGCCGAGGACGCGAGCGCGUGCCCAGCGACCCGAGGAAGUACGAUGAGCCCGUGAAGCGAAGCGGGAGCAGGGACCGCCUGGACCGCUCCCCGUCCCCGGCCCUGCCCAUCCCACUGCCACGGCCCAUCAGGGACCUGGAGCCACUGGAGAAACCUGUGAAUGUGCUGCUGCUGAAAAACCGCCCAAAUGAAGAGUAUGGUCUCCGCCUGGGGAGUCAGCUCUUCAUCAAAGAGAUGACCAGCACAGGACUCGCCAGCAGAGAUGGAAACCUGCAGGAAGGGGACAUUAUACUGAAGAUUAACGGCACGGUGACAGAAAACCUGUCCCUCGCCGACGCAGGGAAGCUGAUCGAGAAGUCGCGCGGGAAGCUGCAGCUGGUGGUGCAGAGAGACAGGCGGCAGGUGCUGAUCCGAAUCCCGCCGAUGGUCGACAGCGACUCGGAGCUCGAUGAUAUCUCGGAGAUCGAGUCGUACCGCUCCUACUCUCCGCAGGAUGACCGGCGAGGCCACCACUCCGACCUUUCCUCCCACUCCUCCAAUGAGAGACUCAGAGACAAACCGAGAGAGGACCCACCUAACAGGCUGGCAAAAAUGGGCGCCAUGCCAACACCGUUCAGAGGUCACACUGAAGACACUCUCCCUUUGCAUGAAGAGAGGGAGGAGCCACGACAAGAGACACCACCUUUAGCAGCUGUCACUGCGACCCAAAAGUUUCAAGUUCCUCCGAAGGUGCCACUAAAGCCGAGCGUUGCAGACCAGGAUGUUUACGGGCCGAACACCUUAAUGGUGCAUUUCCAGAAAGGCGAUAGUGUGGGUCUGAGGCUGGCAGGAGGAAAUGAUGUGGGCAUUUUCAUCGCAGGCGUUCAGGAGGACAGCGCAGCUGAGCAGGAGGGUCUCCACACGGGAGAUCAAAUCAUGAAGGUGAACAAUGUGGACUUCAGAGGCAUGGUGCGUGAAGAUGCUGUUCUGUACCUCCUGGAGAUCCCCAAAGGAGAGGAUGUUACUAUUCUUGCUCAGAGCAAACCUGAAGUCUACAAGGACAUUUUAGCAUCUGGCAGAGGCGACUCGUUUUACAUCAGAACCCACUUUGAGUAUGAGAAGGAGGCUCCACAGAGCCUUGCUUUCAGCAGAGGAGAAAUCUUCAAAGUGACAGACACGCUUUAUGACGGCAAGCUGGGCAACUGGCUGGCAGUCCGUACUGACAAAGACAACCAGCUGCUGGAGAAAGGAAUCAUCCCCAACAAGAGCAGAGCAGAGCAAAUGGCCAAUGUUCAGAAUGCCGCUCGUGCCGCAUCGGGCAACGACAGAGGCGACUUCUGGAGGCUGAGAGGUCAAAGAGCAGCAAAGAAGAAAGAUCUCCGAAAGAGUCGAGAGGACCUGAGCGCUGCUCCAGUCAGCACACGAUUCCCUGCCUACGAGAGGGUUGUGUUACGUGAAGCUGGUUUCAAGAGACCUAUUGUGAUAUUUGGGCCCAUUUCCGACGUGGUGAAUGAAAAACUAGCCAGCGACCUUCCUGGCGAGUUUGUCGUUGCCAAAACGGAGCCAAAGGAUGCAGGAACUGAGAAGUCCUCCGGAGUGGUGAGACUAAACACCAUCCGACAAAUCAUUGAACAGGACCGUCACGCUCUGUUGGACGUGACUCCCAAAGCCGUAGACACUCUGAACUACACCCAGUGGUAUCCCAUCGUCAUCUUCCUGAACCCAGACAGCAAGCAAGGCGUCAAGACCAUGAGGAGCCGCCUGAUGCCCGGAUCCACCCGCAGCGCACGCAAGCUGUACGAGCAGGCCGUCAAGCUGAAGAAGACCUGUUCACACCUUUUCACUGCCACGAUCGACCUGAACUCUGCCAACGACGCGUGGUUUGGCAGCGUGAAAGAGUCCAUUCGGGAACAGCAGGACAGAGCUGUGUGGGUCUCUGAGGGCAAGCUGGAUGGCACUGAGGAGGACCUGGAUCUCCAUGACGACCGCAUGUCCUACCUGUCGGCAAUGAGCGCAGACUACCUGAGCAUGGACAGCCGUCUGACCAGCGACUACGAGGACACGGCGGACGAAGGCGGGGCUUACACUGACAACGAGCUGGAUGAGGCGUUGGACGAACCCCACCCUGUGUCAGCCAUCAGUCGAUCAUCAGAGCCCGUUCUGCCCGAAGAGAAGGCUCACCCUGAACCCCGGGCUCGUAUGAGGAAGUCAGGGAGCAGAGAGGUGCUGCACAGAGAGCCCAGCCCUCCCCCUUCCUUUGUCCCUGAACCCCCUAAGGUGCGUGUCCAGGCUCGGACUGACUCAACGCGGAGCUAUGAGUCACACUCCAGCAGCACCAUCAGCAGCGACGCAGUGGCCGCAAACAAGCCGCUUCCCCCACCUGUGGCCCUGAAGCCCACCAUACCCCGUCUGAACCAGACACCAGAGGAGCAGAAACCGGGGAAGGAGGAGGAGGACCCCGCCAACAAAUCCUUCCUGGGCAAGAAAAUGGGUGGACAGAUUAAAGCGUUUGAGAAGAUGGACCACCUGGCACGAGCUCAGAGGCUCCUGGAGCUGCAAGAGGCGGAGAAUGCUCGAUUGGAAAUUGCCCAGAAGCAUCCAGACAUCUACGCCGUCCCAGUGAAACUGCCAAAACCCAACCUCAACCGUCCUCAGCCAAUAGGUUCAAGCUCCAACCCCGAGCCUCAGACUCCGUCCAGGCCGUACUACUCCGAGACGAGAGGACACGAGGACGAGGAGGCCGAGUACCGCAGACAGCUGGCCGACCAAACCAAGAGAGGAUACUACAACCCUCAGAAGUACAAAGACACCGAGCUGUAGGCCAGGAAACCGCUCACCGCUCUCGUUACAAGUGGACGCUGGAUGCCUGUUGCCGUGGUAACGGCUUUUGCGGCUUUACCUUAACUCUGAGAACUCUUCAAUUGUAGCUGGACUCCUGCUAAGACGUCCGUGGUUUCACUACUUGUUGUACAGGAAGACCAGGCCACACACAGCAUCCUCCAAAAGCCUGCUUCACCUUCACCUCUGUCCUAAAGCAACACCCAUGUUUCAGCGUAUGUCUUUUGUCCGUCUUUCUGAAAGAUAAACACCCUACCGUCUUUAAAUGCUGCACUUGUAUCAAAAAGGCCAUUUGUCAUUCCUGCCCACAUAUUCUUGGAUUUCAUUUCUCAUUUUUUUUUCAGACAGAAAAAAUCUAAAGAAUGCAAAGUGACUGUGCAGCUACAGCCUCCAACCAGGCGCAGCUCAAAAAUAUUUCAGUGUUUGUGGAUUCCUCAAAGAGAAGUGUGUGUUUGCUUUUCUUAAGCUUACCUCUGUUAUGAGAAUGUCACGUUUAAUACAUGAGAGGCAGAAAGUGGAGCGAGCUACCGCCACGCUGCAGCCAAACCGCUGACAUGACACCGCAGACUCUGCACAGCAUCCGAGCUGUUUGACUUUUUAAGAAAACAUUUUCGCGCACGCAGCAUGUUUGAGAUGCACGCGCCAGUGCGUGUCCUGCGCUGUGUUAGCAGCUGCCCUGACAUCAGGUGUCGAUCAUCUCUCUCCUGCCGAGGUUGUUUUCCGCCUCCGCGUCCCAGCCUGGACACCUGUGUCCACGCUACACUGUGUUAAGACGCGGGCGUUCUGGGAGGCAGCGUCUUUUCUAGUGCCUUGUAGCUCUGAUGUCACCUUUGGAAAUAAAGACCGUGUAGAUAGGAUGGGCCUCUUAAUUACAUGAAAAUCAGGAGCUGGGUGCAAAAAAUAAAUAAAUAAAUAAAAAUUAUGGAGUGUUUAUGUGGAACAGACCAAACAAGAGUCAGUGUGAAAUGUUUUCAAUUUAGCCAAAACACUUUACUUUGUCUAAAUGAACAAAAUUCAUUGUGGAUUUACACUGUAACUAUUUUAACUACUGUUUAUGUUCUUGUUGGAACAGAAGAGCACUGAAUCCAUUGAAAGGUAAAUUAAUAAAACGCUGCUUCAGGAUGAUCAGAAGCUACACAUUUACAUUUGAAAAUGUCAGGAUAUGGAAAUGAUAGUUACAGGAUCGCGUCCUGCCUGUGUCUGCCUGUCGAUCGUUCCUGUGUUGGCGUCAGUCACAGGUUUCACUGAAAGUGCGUCAUGAACGUUCAGGGUCAAGUGUGAAGACUCCUCUUUAGUUUUGAGCUGGACUUAAAGGAUGCGGCGCAGUGUGUUUGUCUUUACUAUCUUCUUGUAACCAGAGACAAUCACGUUUAUAUGGCUUUUGUUUUUAUACUGAACACACACCCGACUCACUCUCGUCUUUCUGUGCAGAGUCCUGGGAAUGUGGUGACAAUCAUUGUUGUUUUUAGUGUCUUCUCAAUAGCUGUAAAUUGUUCUUCUUUUCUCAUUUUUCUUUUUCUUUUUUUUAAUUUGUCAUCUUCUGAGUGUUACACGAGAGUCUUGGUUUAUUCUAAUAAAUAAAUCUUUUUUUACACCGUG